GGGAAGGCAAGAUGGCCGAGGCGUCGUGCUGAGUGCGCUCCUGCUGCCGAGUCACCUCACCUCAGCCUCGCCUUACCGGCCUGAAGCCUCAUAUCCCCAGUCACUCUCCCACCCGCAGCGGUCGCCGAGGUCUGUCCGCCGAGCACCUCAGGGCGAAGAUGCCGAACAUCAAGAUUUUCAGCGGCAGCUCCCACCAGGACCUGUCCCAGAAGAUUACCGACCGUCUGGGCCUGGAACUGGGCAAGGUGGUGACUAAGAAAUUCAGUAACCAGGAGACGUGCGUGGAAAUUGGUGAGAGCGUCCGAGGAGAGGAUGUGUACAUCGUGCAGAGCGGUUGUGGUGAAAUUAACGACAAUCUGAUGGAGCUUCUCAUCAUGAUCAAUGCCUGCAAGAUCGCCUCCGCAAGCCGGGUCACUGCUGUUAUCCCUUGCUUCCCUUAUGCCCGGCAGGACAAGAAGGACAAAGUAGGAGCAGACUCCAAUGUGAGCCGAGCCCCAAUCUCAGCCAAGCUUGUGGCAAAUAUGCUGUCUGUAGCAGGAGCAGAUCAUAUAAUCACCAUGGACCUUCAUGCCUCUCAGAUUCAGGGGUUUUUUGAUAUCCCAGUGGACAAUUUAUAUGCUGAGCCAGCUGUCCUGAAGUGGAUAAGGGAGAACAUUGCCGACUGGAAGACCUGCUGUAUUGUAUCCCCUGAUGCUGGUGGAGCUAAAAGAGUGACUUCAAUUGCAGACCGACUGAAUGUUGACUUUGCUCUGAUUCACAAAGAGCGGAAGAAGGCCAAUGAAGUUGAUCGAAUGGUGCUAGUGGGAGAUGUCAAGGACCGAGUAGCCAUUCUAGUGGAUGACAUGGCUGAUACUUGUGGUACUAUCUGUCAUGCAGCAGAUAAACUUCUGUCAGCUGGAGCCACCAAGAUUUAUGCUAUCCUUACUCAUGGCAUUUUUUCUGGUCCAGCUAUUCCUCGAAUUAACAAUGCCUGCUUUGAGGCAGUUGUUGUCACAAACACAAUACCUCAGGAAGACAAGAUGAAACAUUGCCCCAAAAUACAGGUGAUUGACAUCUCUAUGAUCCUCGCCGAGGCCAUCCGGAGGACUCACAAUGGCGAGUCCGUCUCAUACCUGUUCAGUCACGUUCCUUUAUAAUCGUUGCUGCUUUUCAUGUUGGAGGCUUUUCUUUGCUAAGCCAGUCAUUAUUUGGUAUAUUACAAAAGUUCAGUAGAAGUCCCUGCUUGUUCAUCCUGCUCUCCACAUUUUUUGCUCACAUCCAUUUUCCUGGGGCUCCACUUUCUUUUGUUAGUCUUAAGUGAGCCUUUCAGCUUUCACUCUUAACUCUGGAGAGCAGGCUGAUGCAUCCACCAGGGUGAGGGCCGGGAGGGGGGAGGGAGGCAGGGGAAGGGGAUGGGGCAGAUGCAACACUAUGCAUGCAAACUUCAGCAGUUCUGGUUGGUUGGUUUGUUUAAAAAUAAAAAUCUGCAAAGCCUAAAUAAAAAUUGAACUCUGCUAGUGUCAGGCCAUAGCAAGAGCCCCAGACUACCCCAGCCAUGGCAUUCCUGGCUACCAAGUCAGCAUUUCUUAAGCACCUGCUAUGUGUCAGGCUCUUUGGGAAUAAAGAGAAGAUAAAAGACAGGCCCUGCCCUCAAGGAGCUCAUGACUUGAACAGCACUGAGAUAGAAGCUAGGAGAAGGCCAAGGGGUAACCAUGUGGGAAAGGAUGAUGUGAAUGCACUAUAAAGUUAUGGAGUUGUUGAGAGGUUCCAUGAGUGAGAAGUAAAAACAAAGAGCACUGGCAGGGAGGGGAGUUAUCUUGUAGUUGGCAUUCCUUGGAAUCAGGGCCACUUUUGUCCUUGUGGCUUUUACCUUUGGCCAGACCUUUUGCUUCCAAACCACCAACAUUUACAGACUGAGGUUUCUCCCCGAGUGAGAAAAUACCAGUCUUGGUUAUGUUCAGAACCAUUUCUACCUUUCCACAGAAAUUCCUCAUUCAAACCUUUGAGGCUCUAAUUGUGAGCAGGGCGUGUUUUUAAUCCCCCCUUUAGAGUAGUUGACCCUGUUCAUUAGUAUAUUUUGAUGUUUCUUCACCUCCCUUCCUGUCCCCAAAUCUAAAUGAAUUAAAGGAGAGAAAAUUUAGGUCUCAAGUGGAAUAUGCUUUUUCCUCUGUAGUUAGAUAUUCCUCUUUCUCCAUGAGUGGUACCACCAUGACAUGGGCUAUGGAGGGAGGAAAAGUGUCACCAAAAAUGUCAUCACUCCCUGAGCUCAUGGGCAGCUUUGAUUCCAAGGUCGAGUGUCCAACUGGCAAUAGGUAUUAACUCUGAUAACGUGGGAAGAAGGGUCUUGGAGGCUGCAGCCAUUUGUGCCUUGGUCUGCUCAGAGACUGAAUGGGCUUUUCUCAGGAGAUAACAUUGAAAGGAUUAUGACUGAUGGAGGGUGGAUGGCAGGGUUCAUUGGCCCUUGUGAACUUUUAGGCCUUGGAACCUUCAUUGAAUUCUAAGAACUUCAUUUGCAUUUUCUCGGGUCUUCUUGGGUGCUGGUAAACAGAUGUUCCUAUUAAAGGGGAGAUUUAUAGAAAGCACUGUAGAACGAGCUAGUCUGCAGUGAGUGCCGAUGCUGGCAUUUAUCUCUAGCAGAAGGUUUGAGCAGAUUCCUUGCUGCUCCAGCUGUAGUUUCCUGGUGCUUUGCUGCCGAGUUGUUAGCCAGCAUUGAACCAAAGUGACUAAUGUUGGCAUUCCUAUUCAACCAUAAGACUUCAGUGAAAGAAUUAAACUUACUUUGAAAGCA